GGCACGCGAUUAUAUAUUUAUUACAUUUUUUGGAUCAAAAGUGCAAUACAUACAUAACAUAGAUAACAGUACAUUUAUUAACAUUGCAAUCACAAGGCAACGGCAUUAGAGUACGUUUUCGUAUACGUAACUUCGGUGUUGUUACCAUUGCUAUAUGUGAUAUUGUGAACUAUAUGCGCUGAGAAAAUAUCACGUACAAUGUUUGUCAUGGUUUCCUUGAGGUGAAACAAUCGUAUUUCAUGCGUAUAUCGACAUAUCAUUUGUAGUAAUUGCAUCUAAAAUUAAAUUAAAUUGAAUUUAUUAUCAAUCAUGUAUACCAAUGAAUUUGAUGCUUAUGAAAAAAUGGUAUAUGAUGAGAUGACUGAAAAGUCUAAUUUCAUCCAAGAACAACCACUACAAUGUUCUAUCUUAUCAAAACGUGAAUGUAUUGGAGAAAGUCUGGUUGUAGGAGAAGAAAUAGUUGUAGGUAGUGAACAUCUAUUUGGUGGGUCUGAUAGUCAAGAAACAGAUACAGCUAUGUAUUUUAAUCACGAUCUAGAAGACUGUAACAGAAUAGAUAUUGAAUAUGAAGAAUCCAAUACUUCUAUACCACUGACAGAAAAUUCAGUUAUUGACAAAUGGGAUUGUGAAGAUGUUGAUGUAUCGUUGUUAAAAGAAAGUGAGUUUAAUAACAUCUAUGAUGAGCAAGAUGGCGAUGAAGAAACUAUUGCCACUUUUGUCACUGCAGCUGGACAACAACUGGCUUUAUAUGCUGUGGAAAACUCAGAAGAAAUAUAUGCUGUGGCUCUAUAUGACGAAUCCGGUGAACCUCCAACUAGUUUUCAAUUCCUUAUGAAGGCAGAUGUGGAACGUCUCAUAGGAGAGGGAGCUGUGAGAACAGUGAAAAAGCCAACACAGAUGAAGAAACGAUUGUUGACUACACAGUCAUCAGUGUUUCUUCAAAAGGAAGAUUUUGAGGAAAUGGUAGAACAAGCCCAGGCAGAUAUCAACAACGAAAUUACUACUCAUAACAUAUCGAUCGAUGGCGACACAUGUAUAGCGCAGCAAGGAAACUACGAAACGGAAUAUGACUAUAAAACGACUUCUCGUCAAAACUACAGUGAUUCUUCCACAAUUCCAUCAGCAUCCAAUGACAUUAUUUAUAACACAGCUGAAACCAAGCCUGAUAUCACCACGUAUCUCUUGAUGAACGAUUGUCCUAUGGAUAUCGGACAAACGAACAAGAAUGAAGACACCCAGAAAAUUAAGGAGAUCGAAGAACCAAUGGAGCGUACUACCGUACAGUACAUCUUGCUCGACGAGGAUCAAUCUGACUCAGAACUCACGUUUGAUGAGAUUCAAAGGACGUUGGAGAAGCUGAAGAAACCUCGUAGAAGAGAGUCGAGAAGCGCAUCCGUGGAUAGCGAACAAUCAGAUAAAAAAUCGCAAGACGAUUACUCUUGUAUCAAACGAGAGAUCUUGCGCGAAACUUCGAUGGGACUUGAUUCGUCAUUAGAGAUGGAUACAUCUCACUUUGAAGCACAAUCUACAUCGUUCACGGCACAAACACCAUCGGAAAACGAAUCGGAUGAUCGGCAACGAUUAAUCGACGCUUUGACCGACUCCCCGACAACAGAGAAGACGCAACCACGUCUGAAGCGAUCACGCAAGCAGCAGUUGACUUCAAUGAAUCGGGACGAUGGCGAGAUAAUCAUCCAGCCGGCAUCGAUGCUGAGUGAAGAAGAAUUAACUGGCAAAAAACGGGGCAGACGACGACGUUCUAGGCUGCCUCAGGUUUGCAUCGAACAGCAGCACACAUCUAAGAAGAUAAAGCGGAAAAAACGACAAAAGGUUGUGGAAGUUAUUGAUCUGGAUGUCGACGAGGAAGAGCAGCAAAAGCAGAACGUGGUCGAGAUUACUUUGGACGAUAGUAAAGAUGACAGCAAAUAUUCUAGCGAUAAAGAGAACGAGAUCAUCAUGGUAAGGGACUCAGACUCGGACAACGACGAAGACGAUGACGAGGAACGAGAAGAAGAGGAGGAGAAACGAUCUGGCGACUUGAAGCUUACUAGCAUGAUGCAGUGUAAACAUUGCUCUAGGAGCUUCCGUCAGCGACGUGCCUUCGAUACUCAUCUCAGAGUAUGCCAAAAGUCGCCGGAAAAUGCUGUUAGACUCAACAACAAGAGGAAAGUGAAAGAACAGGUCAGGAAGCAGUACGCUUGCAAGAUCUGCCAAGAGAAGUUUGACGUAGUGGUCGCCCUGGCACGUCACGUCCGUGCGGAGCAUUCGCAGAGGAAGAAACAGAGAGGGGGCUCUGCUUCACAAAAGACCCAAGAUAAAUCUCUGACAUCGGUUCAACAGAAACAAUCUGAGCAAGAGGAAGAAAAUGCAGACACAGAAGGGGAAGAAGAGGAUGAAGACGAUAAAGAGGAGAAAGAGUUGUCUGAUGACGAUAUGGGAAAAAGGGAACUUCGCAUGCUCAGCAAGGUGAAGAGGAAACAGCAAGCUGAAGAAGACUGUUCAUGGGAGUCUAAAAAAUUCAGAUGUGCUAAUUGCGGCAAAUAUUUCUUGAAUUCUGCAUUAUUGGACGAACAUAGUUUACAGCAUGAUGCCAAGAAAUCCGAACCACAAGUGCGCAAAUGUCACAUCUGUAAGAAGAUUAUGAAGUCCAAGUUGUUGUUGUUACGGCACAUCAAGAUGCAUAACGCACGAUACAACUCCAGCUCAGGAACGUCGCAGAUGCUGCGAAGAAGACUUCGUACUCGACCUAGCACGCGCAUUAUGUCUCUCAGAAAACGGGGUCGACCGAGGAAGUUCUGAUUGUUCGUCCGACGUCAACGGCAUGUGUAAUACUGUAAUCCGAUGUACGGAACUUUUUUUAAUGCGUUUUUCAGAACUAUUUCUCACGCAAGCAUUAGCUAUCUAAAUUAGUAUUAGCUAAUAUUAAUGUAAAUAGUUCCGAAUUAUCCCGGUUACAUAUCCUCCUUGCAUGUUGUCCAUUCGCGUUUGAAAGUUACUUGUUAAUAAGUGAAGGAAGUUUAACUGUUUGCCGGACAAUGAUAUGGAUGAUGCAAUUAACUUGUCAAAAAGGCCGCUUACAAACAACGGUGUUUAACAGAACGGAGAUGAUAAAAUUUCAAUUUCAACUUCCUGGUACUUCGGAGGAGGACUUUGUUAAGGUUGUAUUUUAAUUUUAAACAGAUUUUCGCAAGGGAGUCAGUCAAAAAUUAUAUGAAUCUCCGAUCAAUUUUAACCGUGUUGUAAUAUCGCGGAUCACUGUAAAUAAAGUGAUAUUAUAGAUUCGUUACAAGCAUAUUAUCGGCGAUCUAACCGUGUAUAUAUACUAUUAAGUGAGAUACGCUGAUAAUAGUGCAAUGUCUUUUAUACAGACACUGCGACGUCAUCUAGUGUACUCGCUCCUAUUUCCUUGUGAAAUGCAAUAAAAUCAUACGGGAAAAAACACGGAAUGGCUGAUGUAUCUAUGCUAUGAAAUUUACGUAUGCGGAGAUUUGAUUAAAAACAAUACAAAAACGCGA